UUUUCAAACAACGUAAUGACGUCACACAUCUUCCUGUCUCCCCCGUUGGCAGCCAUGAUGCAGGAAGGACUGGACGACGGACCAGACUUCCUCUCCGAGGAGGACCGAGGACCCAGGGCGGUCAGCGUGGACCUCCAGACGGACGCCACGCUGCAGGUGGACAUCUCGGACGCCCUCAGCGAACGAGACAAGGUCAAGUUCACCGUGCACACCAAGAGCACGCUGCCCAACUUUAAGCAGAGCGAGUUCUCGGUGGUCCGCCAGCACGAAGAGUUCAUCUGGCUGCACGACUCGUUCGUGGAGAACGAAGACUACGCCGGAUACAUUAUCCCGCCCGCCCCGCCCAGACCCGAUUUUGACGCCUCCAGAGAGAAGCUGCAGAAGUUGGGCGAGGGAGAGGGCUCCAUGACCAAGGAGGAGUUCACCAAGAUGAAGCAGGAGCUCGAAGCCGAGUACCUGGCCAUCUUUAAGAAGACGGUGGCUAUGCACGAGGUCUUCCUGUGUCGCGUGGCGGCGCAUCCCAUCCUGAGGAAGGACCUCAACUUCCACGUCUUCCUGGAGUACAACCAGGAUCUGAGCGUGCGAGGGAAGAACAAGAAGGAGAAGUUGGAGGACUUCUUCAAGAAUGUCGUGAAGUCGGCGGACGGCGUCCUGGUGGCGGGCGUCAAGGACGUGGACGACUUCUUCGAGCACGAGAAGACUUUUUUGUUAGAGUAUCACAACAGAGUCAAAGACGCCUCGGCCAAAUCCGACAGGAUGAUCCGCUCCCACAAGAACGCUGCGGACGACAUCAACAGAAUGGCGUCGUCUCUGUACGCCUUGGGAACGCUGGACUCCACGGACCUCUGCAAGUUCUUCCUCAAAGUGUCUGAGCUCUUUGAGAAGACCAGGAAAAUCGAAGCUCGUGUGGCCGCUGACGAGGACUUGAAGCUGGCAGACUUGUUGAAAUACUACCUGAGGGAGUCGCAGGCCGCAAAGGAUCUCCUGUACCGCCGCAGUCGAGCGCUGCUGGACUACGAGAACGCCAAUAAGGCUCUGGACAAAGCUCGCGCCAAGAACCGCGACGUCCUGCAGGCGGACACCAGCCAGCAGCUGUGCUGCCGCAAGUUUGACAAGAUCUCAGAGUCGGCGAAGCAAGAGCUCAUCGACUUCAAGACGAGGCGAGUGGCGGCGUUCAGGAAGAACCUGGUGGAGCUGGCCGAGCUGGAGCUCAAACAUGCCAAGGGGAACCUGCAGUUGUUGCAGAGUUGUCUGGGUGUCCUGAAAGGAAACACUUAACCAUGUCCCACUUGUCACGGCCCCUCCAGAUGGACAACACUCUCUACAUGGGGGGGUCGGGCUGUAGGGACGGGGUUGUGGGCACCAUGUCGGAUGGACUACAGAACCACAACAAGAAGGCUUAAAAAAACUAAACAAAACAAAAAAAAAAAAACACUAUACAGGAAGUCUGUUAUCUUCAUCACAAUAACCACACAUUGUGCUCUUCAUCAACACCCACACAAACAUUUGCAUCAAUCCAAUCCAGGUUCUGGGUCAGUCUGGUGCAUGUCAUGGUCCGGGCCCUGGUCUAACAAUGUGGGUCAAUCAGGAUUAAUCAUGUUCAAUCUGGAUUAUUCCCGUCUGAUCAGACUCAUUCUGUGUUGGUCUGGUUCAGUCUUGAUCAGUCAUAAUCAGUCUGGUCCAGAUCCAGGUUCUGCUCCCUUCUGGGUCGAUGCGGAUUAGUCACAUUCAAUUGGGAUCGGUCUGUUCCAGUGUGGGUCAGUUUUCGUCAGACUGGUUCUCUGGAUCAAUGUGGUCCAGGUCCUGGUCACUUGACCCUCUCAGUCGGGAUUAGUCAGAUUCAGUCAUGAUCAGUCUGGUCCGGUCGGAAUCGCUCUACCUGACUGCUUCUAACUGGCACUGUCUGGAUGAGUUGAGUUCAGGCCCCGAAUAACUAUGUACAUUCGGGAUCAGUAAAGUUCUUUUUGCGUCAACCUAGUUCAGGUAUGGUCCAGGUCCUGGUCUAACAAUGUGGGUCAAUCAGGAUUAUUCAGGUCUGGUCAGAGUCAUUCUGUGCCCGUCUGGUUCAAUUUGGAUCAUGUCCGGGUCUAAUGUGGGCUAGUCAAAUUCAAUUUGGAUCAGUCUGGUCCAGUCAGAAUCACUCGGUAUCUGUGUGGUGCGCCCUUGCUCAGUCUUCAUCAGUCAUAAUCACUCUGGAUCAGACUGGUUCGAUCUGGAUCCAUCGGUUCUGCUUGGGACCAGCCACAAGGGGGGCUCAGCGUUUCCUGUUUCCUGGCAUUAAACUUUGGCGAGAUCAUUGGGUGUCGGUAGACGUUUUUGCCGCCUCCUCCUCCGGGUGUGGUUCCUGUUCUUAUGAAAUGAAUGAAAGUCUUGUACAGCUUUGUAUUCCAGUACGGUCUCGUGGGGGCUGACGGUCAUCUUGGUCAUCUUCCUCAUACUUAUCAUAGCUCCUUUUUUGUUUUUUUUUGGUUGCAGGAGGAGUUUGAGUGUUUUUGCCUUAACAUCACUCUUGAGUUUGUUUCUCUUUUAUUUACCAUGCUGUAAACGAAUGUUUUUCACACUUAACGUGACCAAAGCUUCCGUAUCAUCCAAGGUGACGAUAGAGUACAAAAAUAAUGGUGCCAGCCGAAUAAACGAGCUGAUUUGUUUUCACAAUA